ACACUAACUAGGAAAAUAAUAUUAUUAUUCAUACAAAUUCAUAUACAAGUGGAUGUUCCAUCACAAAAUACUACCUUCACACAUUUUGAUUCCAUACUUUUGAAUGGAUAACAACACACAAGCUCCACUUCUUACCUCCAAAGACGUUGGCGCAAGUGCUCAUUUCACUGGGGACGUCGAAGAUAUCCCUCCAAUAAAUGGAAUACAUGAAUUCUUUGUACAAUUUGGAGUCGAGUCAAAGAAGCUUUGGUACCUUGCUGGCCCUGCAAUUUUCACUACAGUUUGUCAAUACUCACUUGGUGCCAUCACUCAAACCUUUGCUGGUCAUGUUGGAACUCUUGAUCUUGCAGCUUUCUCUAUCGAGAAUUCGGUUAUUGCAGGCUUCUCUUUGGGGAUCAUGGUUGGAAUGGGAAGUGCAUUGGAAACAUUAUGUGGGCAAGCAUAUGGAGCAGGGCAAAUAGAUAUGUUAGGAAUAUAUAUGCAAAGAUCAUGGAUUAUCCUCUUUGUAACCGGGCUAAUUAUGAUGUUCCUCUACAUAUUCGCAACUCCAAUACUCCUGUUGAUUGGACAAACCGAACCCAUAUCACACUUGGCAGGGAAAAUGGCUCUAUGGAUGAUUCCACAGCUAUUUGCAUAUGCUGCAAACUAUCCGAUUGCAAAGUUUCUACAAGCGCAAAGUAAGAUAAUGGUGAUGUCUUACAUAUCUGGGAUUGCAUUGGUUUUCCAUACCUUUUUUAGUUGGUUGUUUAUGUUGAAAUUGGGAUGGGGGUUAGCCGGUGGAGCUUUAGUGCUUAACUCGUCUUGGUGGUUCAUGGUAAUUGCGCAAAUGGUCUAUAUUCUUAGCGGAACUUGUGGUCGAGCUUGGUCUGGGUUUAGUAUGUCCGCCUUUAGUAAUCUAUGGAGCUUUGUUAAGCUUUCCUUUGCAUCUGCAAUAAUGCUUUGUUUGGAAACAUGGUAUUUUAUGGCGUUGAUAUUGUUUGCGGGGUAUUUAAAGAAUGCAGAAAUUGCAGUCGAUGCGCUCUCUAUAUGCACAAACAUUGUUGGAUGGGCAGUUAUGAUAGCAAUUGGAUUCAAUGCAGCUAUCAGUGUUAGGGUGUCAAAUGAGCUAGGAGCAGCCCAUCCAAGAGCUGCAAAAUUCUCAGUCGUAGUCGUUGUAGUUUUCUCCUUUAUCGUUGGUGUAAUGUUGGCCAUCCUCCUUGUAAUUUUUCGGCAUCAAUAUCCAGCCUUAUUUGCUAAUAGUUUAGAAGUGCAACAAGCCGUUUAUGCUCUUACUCCAUUGCUAGCAACUUGUCUUGUCAUUAACAAUAUUCAACCUGCACUCUCUGGGGUCGCAAUAGGGGCUGGAUGGCAAGCUGUAAUUGCUUAUAUCAACAUAGCAUGUUACUACAUAUUUGGCAUUCCUUUGGGACUAACUCUCGGAUUUGCAGCCAAUUGGGGCGUAAAGGGUAUAUGGAUAGGCAUGUUGACUGGAACCGUGGUACAAACUAUUAUCUUGGUUUGGAUUUGCUACAGAACAAACUGGGACAAAGAGGCAUCCAUGGCUGAAAAGAGAAUUAAAAAAUGGUCUGGUCAAAAAGAGGUGGCGGGAGAGCAAUAAAAACUUAGACAUCAGGGGGAAUUAUAUUUUGGAUCAGGAUUUUACACUUUAGAUGUUAUUUUUGGAAAGAGAUAUCCCUACAAUUAAAGGUCGUUUGGCAGUUUGGUUGGAGAUUUUCUCGUCCUAUAAAGUCCUAUAAAGUAUUGAAGAUAGCACGGACCCAAUUAAAACAAUGUAUGCUACACAUUUCAGAAAAUGAUAUUCCUACAAUUCUAAUUUA